GUCAGGCACGUCGGUGUCAUAACAACAACUUGCCUGUAAAAAGAAACGGAAAAUAUAUCGGGGUUUAUUUUGUUAAAAUAACUCUUCUGAACUUCGUGGAUUCAAAGAAACAGAAACAUGAGAUUCUGAAGUUAGAGAGAAGAACUGAAAACUCAGAGGAGCAUCAUGUUGAGUUUCUUGGGACUCCGUAAGGAGUCAAAGAAAUCUCCGUCAGAGAAGGAAGCCGACGGAGGCUUCGUCAUCGUUGGAGAGACGCUGGAGGAGCAGAGGGGGAAGAUUCAGAGUCCGAACAUCGCUCAGCCGUCUUCAGGGUACGUCAUCGUGCAGCCGCCCAAGUCCUCCUGUCCGUACCCCUCUCUCCCCUCUGAGGCCUCCUGUCCGUACCCCUCUCUCGCCUCUGAUAUAAAGCGUCCCGCCCCCCCUCCUCCUCUUCCUCCCCCCUCCUCCUCUUCCUCAGUGGGGGAGUCUUCCUCCGUCCUGCCAGACCUCCUGGAGGACGUCCCCUUCUCUCUGUCUCCUCACGUCCUCACAGUGAUGUCCAGCCUGCAGCUGAUCCCAGACCUGCUGCUGGACCCAGAGCUGAGCUACAACCUGAGCAGCUUCCAGUACGACUUCAGCCUGGAGAACUCCGUGCUGCACAACGCCUAGUCUGCUCACUAUGUCAGGGGAAAACACUUUGAUUUAAAGAGUCAUUACCCUGUCUUUCUGCUGUCCCUUUUCCUCUAGUGUCCUAUAGCUGUUAGUGCAUGUAAAUGGUCUGCAGAGGCUCAAAUCCCUGUGAUGCUGAGCCUAUAGUGACAUUGAUAGCGCUUCAACACAUUGUACGUGAUAGGCUAAGAGGCGGGACAUCUCUAAGCUGUUGACCAAUCACAUCAGAGCCGGCCAGCUAACCAAUCAGAGCAGUCUGGGCUCUGGUUUCAGACAGAGGGUGAAAAGAGGUGCUGCAGCACAGGAAGUAUAAAAAUCUUUAAAAAUUCCGAUUUAAAAAAAAAAAAAAAGGGAUUAUAAAAAAAAGAAUUCUGACUUUAAAAAAAGAAUUUGAAUGAGUGUCUUUCCGUGGUUUCAAGGUCUGCUUUCUGUUAUUAACCACAUGGCAAAGGAUUAUCUAUUUUGUUUUGUGGAAGCACCAAUAUUUGCAGUAUCUUGGAUUCAGACGUCGUGAUAACUCGUAGUGCUGUAGGUGGAAGUUAAAACAAGACGCUGGUCUACAAACUACGGACAAAUUAAGAAAUGUCCCUGCAAAAGUCAUCAGGUCAUUUAAGGACGUUGCACUUAAAGCAAUAACUGUAAUUAAAUCUUAGUGACAACAAACUCCUUCCCAUGUCAUUAAACACAGUCUGCAGUAAAUAAGGGACAGAAAUAAUAAUCCAAUAUCUAUUCAUGUGCAGCAUGUAGGGAACUGCUUUUACUGACGAGCUCUUGUGCAAUUUAUAUAUAUUUGACAUAGGAAACACUUUUUGAAUCAAAUCCUCUCCAUGUUUGAGUUCUGCUUCCUUUCAUUUGUCCAUUGCUUUAUCCAGUAGUUUACCUGGGUUCGUGGCACUCGUUUAUAUCAAACCACCAAAUCGUUCUUUAGUGUCUGCACGUGUUACUCCUGCAGACAUCGCCCUGUUCUCGCCGUCAGAGGAUCCAUGUUUACAUUUAAUCAAAGAUACGUUUGAAACCCUUUAAUAAGUGUGUGUGUGUGUUAAUGGAUGCUGUGUGUGAGGUGUGUUUUGCUUUUGGUUGUGUUUUAAGUGUCUGGGAAAAAUCACUUAUUGUAAUUCUUUAAGAGCUGAGACUUUAUUCACCUUAAUAGAGACCAAGUACAUGUUUACCUGCUGUCUUGAUAAAUUCAUAUUAAUGUAAGAAACGCAGUAAAACAACAAACAUACGGACCCUUGUGAUGUCCUAGUUUCAAUUGUCAAAAACUCCAACCUGUCCUCUUGUAAGCCACUGAAAUAAUGAAGUCAAACUAGUAUGACGUAACUCUGUUGUUAUACUGAUGGAAGGACUGCAGGUAAACCGACAUUAUCCUGACUUUAAAAGAGCAGUUCUAGUGAAAGUAGUUCAAGUUUCUGCGGGCGUUGUUAUUGCACAGCCUCUGUAUGUUCUCUUUGAUUCUUUGAGAAAUGAUGGUACUUUCAUCAACCAAGUAACAAUCUCUUCUGUUGUAUUGCUGUGAAAUGCUGUAAAAGCACAGGACACAUCACUUCUGCAUGUGUGUAUGUGCAGUACAUGAAUACCACGGGUGUUUUCUUUUGAAUAAGUGUGUGCAUAUGAGCUUUUAAAACUAGUUUUUGCUAAGUAGAAGAAUGCAUUUGGUGAUGAUUUAACCCAGGACUUGUCUAUACCUUUGGAUUGUUUGUACAUAAACAAACCUGAUGUGCCUUUAAUAAACAGCCAGUCCCCAUUUAAUGGUCUUUUAGGAUGAAGUACUAAUAAAAAAAGGUUGAACCGUC